AUGGAAACAAGUAAUCUAAAAAUUAUAGCUUUAUAAUAUGCUCCAGUCUUGAAAAAUGUCAAGGCCUCAAUGGAAAUAGUUAAUAACCUCAUUAACUAAUAUUCAGAAAAAGACCAAAUUGAUGUCCUAUUACUUCCUGAAUUGUCUUUUGUUGGAAGCUCUUUUUAUGGCUAUUAUGAUAUUUUACCGUUUGCAGAACAAUAAGGCAAUGGAAAAUCCUACCACUGGUGCGUAGAAGUCUCAAAGAAAUUAAAAUGUAUCGUAAUUAUUGGAUACCCAGAAAUAUGCGGAGAUAUUCUCUACAACUCAAUGCUAGUGGUCUCUGAAUCAGGGUAAAUCCUAAAAAACUACAGAAAAAGACAGCUAUUCUCAUUAGAAUGGGAUUGGGCUCUACCUGGUAAUGAAUUUGCUUAUUUAGAUGCUAAAGUAUGGAGAAUACAUAAAACUGUUAGAUUUGGACUUGGUAUCUGCAAUGAUAUAUGGUAUAAUACUCCUCAGUAACAAUAUCAAAUGGACUGGGCUAGAUUUUUGGAUGAAAACGAUUGUUAAGUAAUCUUAAUGCAUAGUAAUUGGCCUGACUAUAAACUCUACGAGAAUAAUGACAUUAAAACUCAGGUUAUGAUGAUUUAUUGGCUUAAUCGCUUGGUUCCUGUGACUCAAAGCUCUAAAAAAUCAAAGAAUAUCUAUUUCAUUAAUGCUAACAGAAUUGGAGAAGAACUAGGGACAGAAUACAUAGGCAGCUCCUGCUUUUUCACUCUGUAACCUUAGAUAACAAUAGAAAAUAAUCUUGAAUGUAAUAAUUAAGGAUCCCUCAUUUGCAAGCUAUAGAUUUGA